UGGAAGGGGGGAAAGGUGAAAAAUUUAUCGGCAGCCAUUUUCCCAGCGUCGUCUUCUUGCUUGAAGAAGCGUUUUCCCAGCAUCUCCAGCAAGAAAAGCGUCUGUGUUUCGCGUUACCGGGACGAUCUCAAGAUCUGCUUAACAUACCGACUGUGGUCGGUAGCCAGUGUACGGAAUCAAGGGAGAAAAUGAGUGCGGUCGACGAGAGGACGAUCUAUGCGAAGCUGGAGGCGAUGAAGGAUAUAAGAUCCAAAACGCUACAGCUGGAAAAGUUGAAGCUGAAAAUUGUUCGUGAGGUCGAGAAUGGUGAUGCUGAGGAAAAGUGCUUGUCGGAGUACCGCCGGGAACUGGAGCUGCUGAUGCAGGAGAAGAUGAGCCAUGUGGAGGAACUCCGCCAGAUUCAUGCAGACAUUAAUGCGAUGGAAACGGUUAUCAAACAGGCGGAGGAGAACCGGAUUCGUUCGAUCAACAUGGCCAACCGCAUCCACGAAGAGUAUGUACCCCUGAAAACGGAGGUAGACACUAUGCGCCGUGAGUAUCUCGGCUUGGAGCGACUACCGGAGCUUCACGAAGAGGAGGGAACCACCAUUUCGUCGGAUCGUUUUCAGAAUUAUUAUGCCACAAAUAAGCCACUGACGACACCGAGUGCCACGUUCGCACGACCACCGCUAUCCGCGCAUCAUCCACUUCCACCGGAUGCACCUGCCACAUCGUUGCCUCCGUCGGCACCACCCGGAUUCUUGCCUCCACCCCCCGUUGCAAUGCGCAUCAACAAACCGCCUGAACUGCCAACCAACCGGCUACAGCAGCCUCCAUCGACGAUCGGCAUUGGUCAUCCGACAUUCAGGUCUGAUUUCAAUGUGAAUUUAAGCAGACAGCAACCGCCGCCGAUGAAAUCUUGCCUAUCGUGUCAUCAGCAGAUCCACCGGAACGCACCCAUCUGUCCGCUGUGCAAGGCCAAGAGUCGUUCGCGGAAUCCGAAAAAGCCCAAAAAGAAGGACCACUAAUCAGGACACUAGCAAGCCGGCGGCUGGCCAUCACCCUCACCAUAACUUGGAACGAACAGGACGACGGUAUCCGUUUUGGAUGUGCCUGGUUCCGUUUUACUUUUUAGGCAUAGAUAUCACUUUUUAAUAAUUUCUCGUUGCUUACAAUUGUUGGCAGCUUAGCGAUUAGUACACCGGUCUCCGGCAUAUCUGUCCUAUGGAAUUUGAUUUUACUCUAGACUACUAGCGUCCGCACUACAGCGCUCGCUUCGCUCCAUUCUGCCCCACUAAUAGUAUCUCAUUGAUCGUGUCAUUGUCUGGAACAAUUUUACGUAGCAUUAAGUUAUAACCAUCUCGUAACAAUAAAAUUAGUUCGUAA